GAUCAAUCCACUCCAUUGAUGUAAUCCACCCUUUUACCUGAAAGAACAUAAUGAGGAAUCAGAAGCUCAAAGGUCCUUUUUCUUUAUCUUCUGCAAGUCUUUUCUCUGCACAUUUUCUCCACCGUAUAUGUUAUACUCCGUACAGUAUUCAUAUGCAGAGGAAACUGGAUGCUUAUUAACGAAAAUGUGUGUAAAACUAACAGGAAUAUCCAUAGAAUAGAGGUAUCUCGAUGAAUGUGGAGGUUUUUUGUGUGAAAAAAUGUCAUAUCAGAGGGUUUGAAUAUAUGGGUUUUAUUGAAGGAAUGGAAGAUGGUGAUAAGAAGAAGGGGCUAUGGCUGCCAGACAGCAUAAUGGCAGAUAUACUGUGCAGAUUGUCCUCAAAAGCACUGGCCAGGCUGAGGUUCGUUUCAAAGGAAUGGCAGUCCAUCGUCUCCGAUCGGACAUUUGCCGCACUUCAUCUCAGCAUGAAACGACGACGUCCCAAAGAGAAGCUGUCUGGAUUCUUCCUCCAAGGCAGGCACUAUUGGUGCGACGAGGACAUCAAAUCUGUGAGCUACAUAGCCUGUUCCGAUGAAGAUGACGUCAGAGAGGCGGCAGAGAAGAGCGUGCUGAUCUUUCUCCCGGAAGAGGUGGUCAUUCUUUCUUCCGCUCAAGGCCUUCUCUGCUGCCGGAGCUUCUUCCCCUCACCUUCUUCCUCUCAACCCCGUCUGGUCUAUGUCUGCAACCCUCUCACAAAGGAAUGGACUUCUCUCGAAUGGCCUCACCCUCCUCGAGAAAAAGAAACCAGCACUGCCUUGGUUCUCCACCUCUGCACUUCCCCUACUGAUGUUUCCACAGAUUUUCAUCUCGUUUCAGUUUGCCAAAGAGUAGCCACCACAGUGACGGACUUGGGGAAUGUCCAAGAGGAAGAUGAAGAGGAUGAUGAGUUCGAGUUCCGGUUCAAGACAUACUCAUCCCAAACAAAGGAAUGGCGAGAGUCGAAAGAGGUGUGCAUUUGCAGCAAGAAGUUGCAGAAAAAGGGGUGUAGUGUGGGUGGGGAAGGCGGCAGAAUCAUAUACUGGCUGACAGAGGAUAACCGUGUGCUCAUGUUUGAUUUUAGGAAUGAUCUUUGUUGGAUGAUCAAGGCACCUUUCCCGUCCUCGGAGCUGAACUUCACACCCGGGGUGUGUUUGGGAGAAGGAGGUGAUGAUGGGAGGCUGCAGUAUGUGCUGAUUUCCCAGGAUGGGUUCAUGGUUUGGGAGCUGGAUGAUGAGUUUGCAUCCCUUUGGUCACUCAAAUACUUCAUAGCUCCCGAUGAGCUGGAGAAGGAGAAUCCUGAAAGCAUGUUUCGCAUCUCCAAGAGACUGCAGUGUCAUCUCACUAUUGAGUCAGGUCCUUGGAUCAAUCCUUUGUGUUUCAGAGAUUCAACUCUUCUGCUGUGGAUAUCUCCUGAUACCUAUGUGUUUGACUUCGACACGCGGAAGGCGAAAUUGUUAUGCCCUGAUUCCGCUUUAGGACCGAGCUCUUGUUUAUCCCCCAUUGUCAUUCCAUACACCAUGAGCUUGGUUCCUUUAGGUUAACAUAUGAAGAGAAGUGCUGGAAGGAGUGUUCCUCUCAUCCCAUUUUGUUGAUCACAAGGGGGCGGGAAUGCAUUCAAUAGCUGCUGCUUUUUGCUCACUACCUUAGUAAAGUGCACCACUGCACAUAUCUAUAUAUAUAUAUAUAUAGAUAUCUCAAAGUAACCUGCUGCUUAUUAUGAACUAGAGUCCUAGGAAAGGCAAGUUGACGCACUUUUUUGUACUCACAAUUGCAGAAUUAGUCAUUGGGUAAAGUUUAAUUUUUGCAUUUGGU